AUGGCAGUCCAUGAGCGAUCUCCAUCGCCAACCGCCGACUCGCAAGCCAAAAAACUCAAGACGGAUCCGGUACAACAGUUUCAUGACGGUUUACUUGAACCAGAAUCCAUUCAAAAGCUACGGAACGACUACACCACGAGUGAACCCUACAAAUAUGCUGUUAUCGAGACACUGUUCCAGGACGAUCUCCUUCGCAAGGUCAAGGACGAGUGUAUGAAAGAGCUUAGCUUCAGCGAGAAGGAGACGGACAUCUACAAGGUGAACCAGACCGGCGACCUCGCCUCGCUCAACUUCAUCACUCCCGAGCAACUUGCCGUCCUCCCGAACCUGCUCCUCCUCCGCGACGCUCUUUACUCCCCCGCCUUCCGUGCCUUCAUCCAGUCCGUCACAGGCUGCGGCGCGCUCUCGGGCACGAAGCAGGACAUGUCUGUGAACAACUACACGAAAGGAUGCCACCUACUCAACCACGACGACGUCAUCGGCUCGCGCCGCGUCUCGUACAUCCUCUACAUGCCGCUCCCAUGCGAGACCGCGUGGCAGAAGGAGUGGGGCGGCGCGCUCGAGCUAUAUCCGACGCGCGUGGGCGAGGGGGGCGUGUCCGAGCCCGAGGCGGCCCCGUCCAAGGCGAUCCCGCCGAGCUGGAACCAGUUUAUCUUCUUUGAGGUACAGCCAGGGAAGAGCUUUCAUUCCGUGGAGGAGGUUGUGAUCGACGGUGAAGAGCGAUCAAGGCUGAGCAUCAGUGGGUGGUUCCAUGCCGCGCAGGAAGGCGAGGAGGGGCACGAGCCCGCCUCUUCAACGGAACACAAAAGUUCGCGUGAACAGCUUACAUCUUCUACCACCGUGUUCAGCUCCUACGCUGCCGACCCCCCGCAUCCUGAAGCGCCGCUCUCGGAGGAACACCGCGACUUCCUCUUGAGGUUCAUGAACCCCGUGUACCUCCAGCUCCGCACAAUGAAGACGCUCAUGGCCCACUUCGUCGAAGAGUCCUCUAUCGAAUUCAACAGCUUCCUCAACGAGGACCUCGUGAACAGAAUCGAAACCGGUGUGAAAGCGCGCGACAAAAUAGACGGCCUCGACGACAAGACGCGCAACGGCACGAUCCCGCCGCACACAGCAGGCACAGGCGGAGCCUGGGAAGUGCAGGGGCCGCCACACAAGUGGCGCUACUGCACGCUCCGCUCCCGCGCUGCGAUCGACAGCGCCAACAGAAAUAGCGCAAGCGCAAGCGAGAACGGGAACGGCAAGGGCAAAGCAAAAGAAAGAGACCCUGAAGAGGACCAAGCUGAAGAAGCAGAAAGCAUCCUCCGCGCGCUGCAGGACCAGCUAUUCCCGAGCCAGGCCUUCCGCGCGUGGCUCGGCGCGAUGACGCACCUCCUCCCCCUGCGGCAUAGUCUCGCGGCGCGGCGCUUCCGUCCCGGGCUCGACUACACGCUUGCGACGAGCGAGGAGGGCGAGUCCAGGCUCGACGCCGUGCUCUGCCUGACACCGUUCGUGCCCGGGUCGGGCACGUCAAAGUACUUGAAGAACAAGGCAGUCAUGGCCAUUGACCCACCUAAGGCAUGGGUGAGCGGGCAGUGGGGUGGAUGGGAGUGUUACAUGGCUCCCCACGAGGAGGAAGACGACCCCGCUGUCUACCGCUCCGGACCCAGCAAAGAGAAAGGAAAGGAGAAGGAAAAAGAGAAAGAAAAGGACAAAGGCAAAGGCAAAGAACGUGAAGUCGAACCCCCCGUCGAGGGCUCGGGCUCGAAGAUGGAUACCGACGAGGACGGAGACGGUGCUGAUGGCGACGACGAAUACGAGGACGUAGAAGACGAGGAGGAAGAAGAACACGAAGACGGGGAAGACGAAGAAGAUGAAGAAGGCGCAGCCCUCCUCACUUCGUACCCCGGCUUCAACCGAUUGCUGCUCGUUCUCCGAGAUGAGGGUGUCCUGCGCUUCGUCAAGUACGUGUCGGCCGCCGCCGAGGGCUCGCGGUGGGAUGUGUGCGGCGAGUACGAGGUAGGCAUGAUCCAGGAUGAGUCGGAUGAGGAAGAGAUGGGUGCAGACGCGCCAUAAUAGUCCUCGGACUGUGCACCCACAGAAAAUUAGAAGUAACUGCUAUCACAUCCACUCUGCUUGUCAUCGUACUACCUAUGUAGAUAUACCUAAAACACAAUUUUUUGCCCUUGACUAGGCAGAAUCGCCGCCGUCUCCCGAGGAGCCUUUGCAAGCGCAGCUCCUGGCUUUGCGCGUUUUUGUGGCCGCGAGCCUCUGUCAAAGGACUUGGCAUGGAGGGGACGGUCGCGUUUGAACGAUCUUGUGUCUACCUCCCCGCCCUCCCCGUCCCCCUCACCGUCUUCCUGCUGUGCUGGUUUUGAGCGGGGUGCGCGGUCUGCCCAUUUGCCAUUAGCCUGUCUCUGCUGUUCGCGUUCCUUCUUCUGCGGUCUCCCUUUGCUCUCCUGCCUGGGCCCACUUCCGCCUCCGCCUCCGCCUCCGCCUCCGCCUCUCCGUACUGCAUCGGCAGAGGCAUAUUCAACGACAAGCUCGCGCCCGUUGAGACGGUGAUUCCGGGGGUUGACCAGCGCCGCGGUGGCGUGCUCGCUGCUUG